CAGCUGCAUGUCACCCAAACCCUCUCGUCCACUGGUCCGCCCACGUUGCGCCGAUCUUUAUUGCUGUAUCCGCCCUGCUUCCCUCCUUUAAAACCACCGCCCACAGCCCACUUUUUCUUGUCGUUCAUUUCUCUGUCUCUCUUCCCAAUGAUGAAAUCCGCUUCCUUUCCUCUUCUGGCCAUCUUCUCUCGCCGAUCGCCCCGAUCGUCGUUCUCCCAGCUCCGGCCUUUUCUCUCCAUGUCCACUCCUCCCUCUCCUCGACUGCCAUGAACUCCCACCCUGUCUAUGACUCGGGCGAUUGGCCUCUCCCCAAUCCACGCCGGGGGAGCAGUUUUUCGUCGUCGACGAGGUCGUCCGAGUCGGCCAGUUUCGUGUUUCCGCCGCCGUUGAGUCCGGGCACGUCGAGUCCCGGUUCGAGGAAGCCGUCAUUUUAUUCGCUUCACGAUGAGAUUGUGCGGAUGCAGAUGAAUUCGUCGGUGACGAUUUCGUUUUUGAGGAAUCAUAAGCUGUUUAAGUUGCGAUAUACGCAUAUUGAUAUUUGUAAAGAUGCUGCUGGGGCACUCAAGUGUCUAGAGCUGGGAGGGGGCGUUGGCCAGCAGACGGCCUUUCUCCAUACUUUCCACAAUACCAAACUCCCCGUCCCACACGUCGAACAUCCCAAACUCCCCGACGAACCCUCGCUCCGAAUCUCCUUUCUCGACGAACAAACCGUCCAAACCGCCCACACCGUCUUCACCACACAGCUCUCAUACACAUUCGAAGACUGGAGGGACUGCAUCCAGUUCCAGGAACUCAUCCUCGCCUCGAAGCUCGUCUUCAUCGCAGGCAUCGCGGAGGCCAAAUCCAAAGGCCGCGGAGAGGAAUGCAUCAGCCAGAAUAUCCGGAUUCUGCAGGGCCAUAAUGGGAAACUGGUGAUGCUGUUUUUUGCGAAUUCGCAGCGGAAAGAGCAGAAGCGUUACGUGUCGAUUCCAUUGAACUGCAUUGGAAAGGUCACUCCGGGCAAGAAAGCCGGUCGACCGGUGGUUCUGCAGCUGCAGCCCAAUUUUGAUAUUCUGGCGCAGCUGAAAGUGCUGCACAUUCAGUUUCUGGAUGACUCAGAUCGCAUACGGUUCUGCCAGUUCCUGGCUGAUCAAAAUAUUGGCUGAUUGAUUUUUGGUUCUUUACUGCAAGGCGUUGGCGGAGAUAAUACCCUUUUGGAUUGGAAACUGGAUAGACUGGAUAGACUGUAAUAUCAAUGUGAUUAUCAAUAUGAUUAUGACGCCCACGUGCAUGGCCUUUGCUGCUUCC